AUGGACGCCCUCAUAACCGCCGAACUCGCCAAACUAGACCCCUCGGUUCCCUUUCGAGCGACCAAGUCACACCUCCAUCACACCUGGGCGAAAACGUUCUAUUCUCGACCGGAACUUUACAUCCAGCCCGAGUCAAUUGCCGAAAUUGAGAAGGUCGUCACUCUCGCGCGCAGGUGUCGCCGACGCAUCGUGACCGUGGGAAGCGGCCACUCGCCCUCCGACUUGACCUGCACGUCAUCAUGGGUCGUCAACCUAGACAAUUACCGUCGGCUCCUCUCGUUUUCGCGUGAUACGGCUGUCGUCACAGUCGAAUCGGGUAUACGGCUGAGACAGCUUGGCAUUGAGCUGGAGAAGAAUGGCUUGAUGCUUCCCAAUCUCGGCAGUAUUGACGACCAGUCUGUGGCGGGAGUGAUUUCAACAGGAACACAUGGCAGUUCGCUCAAGUAUGGCUUGCUAUCCGAACGAGUGUUGGGAUUGUCCAUCAUGCUUGCCAAUGGCCAGGUUGUCAGAUGUAGCGAGGCGACCAAUCCGUCGUUGUUUCGUGCUGCCCUGGUUUCUCUAGGGGCGAUUGGUAUUAUCACAGAGAUGACCUUGCAGGCCGUACCAACUUUCAAUAUCGCCUGGCAGCAGUCCCUGAAGACACUGCCACAGGUAUUGGAUGCUUGGGACGCCGGUCUAUGGACGUCUACAGAAUAUGUGAGGGUGUGGUGGAUGCCCUAUAUGAAGCGCGCGAUUGUCUGGCGUGCGGACAAGACCGACCUUCCAACUCGUGAUCCCCCUACCGGCUGGUAUGGUGGCGCCUUGGGGUACUUUAUCUACCAUAAUCUAUUGUAUCUCUCCAACUACGUUCCCAGGAUCUUGCCAUGGGUGGAAUGGUUUGUGUUCGGCAUGCAGUAUGGUUUCAGGCCCGGAAAGACGGUUACUGAAGCGGUUCAGCCAGCUCGUACCGGCUUAUUGAUGGAUUGCCUGUAUUCUCAAUUCGUGAACGAAUGGGCAAUCCCAUUGGAAAAGGGCCCCGAGGCCAUUACCCGACUAUCCGCCUGGUUCCAUGGGGAUGCUGAAACUGCGCGAAUACCAUUUAGCUCCAAGUCAGUUUGGGUACAUUGCCCCAUUGAAGUACGUGUCUCUGAUACUUCGAUCUCAAAGACACCCCGUCCUUACCUGGAUUCCACGUGUCCUGACGGCCCUACUCUCUUCCUAAAUGCUACUCUUUAUCGGCCUUACCUACGUGAUCCUCCUUGCAGGGAACGGUACUACGAGGCAUUUGAAUGGCUCAUGCGAGACCUAGGAGGCAAACCACACUGGGCGAAAAACUUUGGAGAGGACCUUGGGUAUGAAGCACUUCGGGGAAUGUACGGAGCUAAUUUGGAUGAGUGGCUUCAAGCCAGAAAUGAGGCUGAUCCUGAUGGAAUGUUUCUCGGUGCGUGGCACAGGAGGCACCUACUACCCCCCACGACUGCUGCAUCCCAAUCACCUGGUCAGACUUUAGCCUUUGAAGAGCAAUUGAAAGAGCAACGAGCUCUAGGUGAGCCCGGAGCCGGGGAUGGCAUAGAGUGGAUUGGCAGCAUCCCAGGCCGUGACAUUACCCCACACGAUAAUAAGGAUAUUGAUGAUGGUGCGACUGCGCCCGAUAGCCAUCCAAGCCCGCCUACAACUUCUGCAAGUGAGGAGAGUUUUGACCACCUCGCGAAGGGGGAAGCAAGCAUUACGCUGCCGUAG